AUGGAUGAUACCACCAUUACCCCGUACAGCCCAGGCCGUUGCGGAGAAAAUCGACCUUUUCCCAAGACAAUUCACCGGCGAUGCCCGGCAACGCCAAUACGCCGCAGGCCCAAAGCGAAGCGAGUGGGACUUCCAGAGGGCGAGGAGCGCGAGGAGUCCUGCUCGCGUGCUGCAGGUGUCGCAUCGAUCUGCGCCAGGUGUCCUCAAAGGCCCUGCAGCAUCGAUGGCCGCGGCCCAACAGGCGCCCUUGGGCACAGACGACAAAGCGACGAGGGGGAGGCGACAGGCGGACAGCUGGUGGAGCCGGCGUCGCCGCAGCCCAGCGUGGACCGCCUGUCGGUGACGUUCGCGCCCGAGGAGCGCUCUGUGUGCUCGGAGCCCUUCAGCCCUCCGCCGCUGGGCGCCGCCCUCGCGCCCGCCCACGCGCACGCGCACGCCCUCAUGGCCGCCGACAAGGUGCGCUUCUCGCGCGCGCACCCGCACGCGCCCCCAGAGGGCGAGGGCGAGGAGGCGGACGAGGAGGACUACUCGGCGAGCGUGAGCGCCAUCCUGCAGCGCCGCGCGUCCGCGCGCCGCCAGAGCCGCCGCCGCCACCGCCGCCCGUCGUCGCCCUUCUCGCCCGACGCCGACAGCGCGCUCUCGGCCGGCCGGCGCACCUCCGUCUUCACCACCAGCUCCGGCGAUUCUCCGAACGAUUCAAGCAAGUUCUCUGACGAACUUCGCUCAGCCAACUUUCGACCAGCGCCCGACAGACUGCGUGUGCUGAGCACUGCUUUGUUCGGCAGCACGGCCAUCUCGCUGGAGGAAGGCGUGACGCAGGAGCAGAUCUACGAGAACCUGCGCCUGCACAAGGAGGUGCUGAGCAGCGUGAAGCAGCAGCCGUGGCCCAUGCGGCGCAAGCUGCGCCUGGUGCAGCAGGCCAAGGCCUACGUCAAGAAGCACGAGGGGGAGCUCAAGGAGCGCCUGGCGCAGAGCCGCACCACGCGCGACCUGCUCUCCCGCUUCAACAUCCUGCUCGUCAAGGUGAGCGCGGGCGCUCGGGACGGGCAGCGGUCGGGCUGGGGUCGGGCUGGGGUCGGGCUUAAGUCGGUCUGGGGUCGGGCUGGGGUCGGUCUGGGGCCGGGCUGGGGCCGGGCUGGGGUCGCGGUGGGGUCGGGCUGGGGACGGGCUGGGAUCGGGCUGGGAUCGUGCUGGAGUCAAGCUGGAGUCAAACUGGUGUCAGGCUGUAGUAAAGGCUGUAGUCAGGCUAAACGGUGGCAGUACAUGAAACGCGAGCUGGCCAACCUGGUGAACGUGCUGAUCCCGUGGGAGCUGCGCAUCAAGGAGAUCGAGUCGCACUUCGGCUCCGUCGUCGCCUCCUACUUCACCUUCCUGCGCUGGCUCUUCUGGGUGAACCUCGUCAUCGCAGUGCUGCUGGCGGCCUUCGUUGCCAUCCCGGAGGUACUCGCCCCCCUCGCGCAACGCUCCACACAUCGCUGUAACCGCCCACGGUAUUAG